AUGUGGAAUAUAUUUAUUAAAAAAAGUUUUUUUCAUCUACGAUUUAUAUCAACAAAUGAUUUAGCAAGUACUGUGGCUAUUAAUAAACCAAUUGAAUGGAAUUAUUUAAUCAAGUGGCUUGAAAAUGGACAAAAACAUCCACUUUGGCGUGAUGAACAACAAACUCAAAGCUAUAUUGAACAUCAAAAAUUAGUUUCGAAAGAAUAUAGAUCAAUCAAUGAUUUUAUUCGUAUUAAUUAUCUUAAAUGGGAUGUAGAUUUGGAUAAAUCUAGUCAAAAACGUAUUGCUAUUCCAAGUGUAAACUCCAUUAAAGAAGCACUUUUAACACCAAAUGCUUUUCCAUAUUAUUUAGCUGAUGGUAUUCAACAUUGGCUUAUAUGGUGUGAUCCAAAACCAAAAGAACCAGAGAAUAUAAUUGAACAAGUCAUAAAUAAAGAAUUCGAUUUGGAAAAAUCAGGUUCAUCGUUAGCAGAAUCAAUGUGUCAAACUAUUGUUCAACAAUUAGGAAAUACAACAUGGACAGAAGACAAUUAUGCUAGUCUUAUAGCUGUGAUAAAAACACUUCCAUUUGCUGAUAAUGAAAAACGUACAUUUAUUGAUAUAAUGUUUGCAAUUGAUUUUGAAUCAUCCAUUGAUCAACUACCAAUAUUUGUUUUAAAUAUUCUUCAGUUAUGUAUUGAUAAUCGUUUAGAAAAUGAAAUAACAAGUUGUAGUGGAUAUAUUUUCGAUCGUUUAAUACAAUAUUUUAUUAAUCUUGAUUCAAAAUCAAAUGAUAAUAAACAAUAUACAUCAAAUAUUCGUCUUUGUAUUGUUCAUAUUCUAAAUGCUAUUGAAUUAUCACCUGAUCUUGGUAUGACAUUAUUACGAACGUUUAAAAAAAUUCAAAGUAGUGAUGUAUCAAAAAUAUUUUCUCCAUUUUGUCUUGCAUUCAUAUUUGCUUUACCAAAAGAUCGAACAAUAAAAGGAAAAUUUAUAAAACAACUAAAAACAUCAUUUGAUCUUGUUUGUCAAACAUUUGAAAAAAAUAAUGAAGCUUUUUGGCUUAUACUAUUUACAAAAAUAAAUUAUAAUGAUUUUUAUCGAGAUUAUUUAUUACAACUUGCAAAAAAAGAUUUAUUUGGUGGUGAUUUAAUUCUUUCGGGUUUAAUUGAUUUUUGUUUUCAAUUACUUGAUGAAUAUAGUCAAUCGUCAAUGUUAACUAAUGAAUCAUCAUUUUCAGUUAUUGAAUUAUUGAAAACUUUAGCUUCGAAAUGGCUUUCAGAUAUUGUUCGAUUACAUAAAUCUAUUCAAGAAGAUAUUAUACAUCGUUUAUUUGAUCGAAUUCUUGAAGCUAAAACAAAUGAUCGUACUGUUAAACAUUUUGUUGAACAAUUAUAUGAUGUAAUGAAAACGAAUAGUCAUCGAUUUGUAAAAUGGCCCGAACAAUUAAAAGAUCGACUUGAUCAAAUUUUAUUAAUGCGUUAUGAUUUAGCACAUGAUGUUAUUGAUGCAUUUAAACCAAUUAUUAAAUUGAGUGGCAAUACACCAUUUCGUGAAACAUAUUUUCAAUUACUUCGUAAAGCUAUGUAUCGUCCUCGUCUUGAUUGUCGUCGAAUGGCUGUUGAUGGAUAUUUAAUUUUAUUAAAACAUGCAAAAUGGUUAAUAAGACCACCAGCUACUCAAGCUAGUCAAAUGACAAUAUUUUCUUUAGUAGAACGUGGUGCAACACAAAUGAAUACAAUUAAUUCAACACAACGUUCAACUGAAGGACAAUGUAUUGAAUUAUUAAUGCAAUUAAGACGAAGUCUUACUCAACAAUAUGAUGUUCGAUUAACUGUUUAUGAAGGUUUAUUACCUGUUCUUCGUAAAAGUCCAAUUCUAAUGGCACCUAUUCUUGAUAUGCUUAUUUCUCAGGUAAAGAAGCAAAUGUUAAAUAGUUGA